AUGGCGCCUGCGCGCAAGUUUAGUCGUACGCCUCCCCCAAACAAACCGCCGUCGCUACCGGUCAAGCCGCAAAGCUCCAUCCUCACGGCGCCGUCGCCGGAGGUAUUAGCAAAACUGCCGGCGCGCCUCGACUACGACGCUUUGAAGCGCAGCUUCGCCGCGGCGACGAAGGCGUGCCGCGAGGUCGCGCGGGAGCUGCCGGGCGUCGUCGAGGGCUGCGCGGCGCACGGGGACGCCGCUUCGUGGGCGCGCGAGCUCGGCCCGGCGACGGGCCCGGGCGCGCGCGACCGCGCGGCCGCCGCGCGCCGCGACCUCCUAUCGCGCGCGUCGAAGCUCGAGGCCAUGGAGCGCGAAUUGGAAACGACCUGCUGGCCGGCGCUCGACGCCGGCUGGGCCCUCGAGGAGGCGUCGCGGAGCGGCGAGGAGGGCGAGGUCGCGCGGCGCCUGCUGUCGGACUGGUUCGCGUUCGCCGCGGCCGGCGGCGACGAGGCCGCGCUGCCGCCGGGCUACGGCGGCGAGACCCUGCGGGACCUCGCGCAGGCGUCGGAGAAGCUCGCGGAGCUCCAGCGCGUCGCGGCGGGCGUCGCGCCGUCGCCCGCGCGGCCGCGGAACGCCGCCGCGGCCGCGGCGAUAGCGCGGCGCGCCGCGCGGCUCUCGUCGCUCCUGCGGCGGGCCGUGUCCGACCUCGGCUCCGACAAGGCCGACGCCCACUUCGCGGCGCUCCGCGAGGGCGUCGCCGUCUUCAAGCUCGACCCGGAGAGCCUCAAGUACCUCGUCCUCCAGCCGGACGGGCCGCUCGCGGGCCUCGACCGCGCCGCGGUCGUCGACGUCCUCUCGCGGCGCACGGACGCGUGGACCUACCGCGGGCGCCGGGCCGCCUGGGUCGACGAGCUGGCGGCGUCGUUUUAA